AUGUCCCGAAACGGCGACGUAGAGGAAGAGAUCGCGGCCACGCUAAGAAACAGAACAGACCCUUUCUUGGUGGCGUGCCGGGGCUUCAGCUUCAUCACCUCUCUCGCCGCCAUUCUCUGCAUCGCCGUCAACGUUCUCUCCGCCGUCCGUUCCUUCAAGCACGCAUCUGACAUUUUCGACGGCAUAUUCCGGUGCUAUGCGGUUAUCAUAGCGGCUUUCGUGGUCCUCGCCGAGACCGAAUGGAGUUUCAUCCUCAAGUUCUCUAAGGUUUUGGAGUAUUGGGCCGCCAGGGGUAUGCUGCAGAUCUUUGUUGCUGUCAUGACAAGGGCUUUUCCUGACUAUAUUGGAGACCGAAAGAACCUUUUUCUUCUUCAGAGCAUAGCGAGUUAUUUGCUACUUGCCUGUGGCGUUGUUUAUGUUUUUUCAGUAAGAUCAUUGAAGAGAAACAAUCUAUUAAGAUACCUUUACUUGCGUAAAGUGUUCUAUUGCCAAGCAGACUUGGGUAUCCUGUGCAUUGGUUUUCUUAAACGUGCCCGCCAGAAACAGGAGAUUACAAGAGAGCAAGCAGCCAAGGAUCUCGAGGAGUUGGAACGGCGCAGGGAAGAACUUGAACAACUACUCCUUGACCCAAGAGUUUAA